CCGAUUCAGUCUGGCAACACGGCCAACAGGUUUCCUUUCCUUUCCUUUCAGGCUGACAUUAAUGUAAAAGGUUCAUUCUAAGUGGAGCUGAACAUCUGCAUUCAUCUGUAGCUUUAGGAUAUCGUUUCUUUAAAAAUGGAUCUCCAAAAGCUGUUUGGAAACUUUGUGCUGAUCCUUCUGUUAUCCAAUGGUUGUCAAUCACAGGAGCCUGCGUGUGGCAAAGCAGCUGGAAGCAAGUCGCGAAUCAUUGGGGGUCAAGAUGCCCAGCUGGGGGACUGGCCCUGGCAGGUAUAUUUUACUGUAGAUGAUUCCUCCUGUGGAGGGUCGCUGAUAAGCAAUGAAUGGGUGCUAACAGCUGCUCACUGCAUAACAAGAGACGACCUCAACCAUACAGAAGUCCAACUUGGUGUUGUACAACUAGACAACGUUUCCAACUCGACUAAAGUGAUUCGAAGACUCUCUGAAAUCAUCUGCCAUCCUGAGCACGACUCUUUGACAUCUGAAAAUGACAUCUGUCUUCUGAAGCUUUCGGCUCCUGUUGACUUUACUCCCUACAUCCAGCCGAUCUGCUUGGCCUCAGAGAACAGCACUUUCCAUGAUGGCCUUCUGAGCUGGGUCACUGGUUUUGGCGACACUGUUGGAAACAACCGAUGCAUGUGCUACUAUUCCGAAACAUUCAUGAUACAUCUUCUUUUCAAUGCUAACCUAAACCCAAAUAACUACAUGUGUGCUGGACUUAAAGAGGGAGGAAAGGACUCCUGUCAGGGAGAUUCAGGCGGACCUCUGAUGGUUCAACUCCAGAAUAGCUCUCAGUGGGUCCAAGCAGGGAUUGUGAGCUUUGGUGAGGGAUGUGCUGUCCCAAUGAAACCAGGCGUCUACACCCGAGUGUCCCAGUACCAGAGCUGGAUCAGCGAUACGGUCACUGGCAUGGAUCCAGGCUUCGUUACCUUCACCUCGGCCGGCAUCGACAGCGACCUACACUUCACCUGUACUACUACUACUACUACUACCACCACCACCACUACCACCGCCCACACCACCACUCCCAGUAUGACCACUGAUGACAGUAUUUUUGGCAGUGGGGAAACCCUGAGCCACUUCACUCACUUCAUGGGAAUUGCUGUUCUUGCUCUAUUCCUUCAUUUCCUUGUGGGCGGUGCUUGGAAGUAAAUGUUUUACUGAGGAUUAUGCGAUGCACAGAUAGGAAAAAGGUUAUGUUUUAUACUUCACUGCAGUAUAAAAUAUGUGCUUCUAAACACAUAGUGCAAGUUUUAAAAUUAAAGAGUUAUUUGUCUUUUGAGCAGUUAACUAAAUUCAUUUUGAAUAGUAUUGCUGUUAAUAUGUAGCUAAGUAACAUGGGGGUUAAUCUGAGCCAACAGGAAUAUUGUGACAUGUAUUGCCAAUCAAGUAAUACAAAUGAUCAAAUAUUGUGACAUUAGAGCCAAGUUAAUUUUUUAAAAAUCUGACCUAUUUUUAAUCUGUUUUAAAUGAUUCUAUAAUAAGUGAAUUUUGGUUUUCAGACAUGGUGUGAAUUUGGUGUGUUUUUAUUUAUAUCCAUGGCAGAAACAUUUUACCAUUGUUUUAUGAAGUUUGGAAUUUACCAGUCACUUAAGAAAACUAAUGACUGUUCCCGUUUCAGCUUUGUCCUUUCAACUUCAACUGAGUAAGGAUUAAAGAUUUCUUGUCGUCUCUCAAAUAUGUCCAACAGAACAAUUAGAAUUAUUUGCAACUAAAAUGAUAAUCCUAUAUAAAUCUUAAUGCUCAUGGACAUAAAAUUUCCUACAAAUUGUAUAUUUGUUUUGGAUAAAUGCAUUUGUCAUUUUCCAGAUAGUAGAAAUAAUAGUGGAAUAUAUGUGGCUUUUUUUUUUAACAGGGAGACAUUAAUAAAAUGAUCAACCAUCAUCCAGUAACAAUAUAA